GAUAGAGCAAGCAGGAAUGGCGCGUCCUUGGGGAAAGGUCGGCGCCUGGGCGGACGAUUCGGAAGCGGAAGCGGCAGCGGCAGCGGCGCCCACAGCGCCACCGCCAGCAGCGCCGUUGCCAGUGGAAGCGUUUCCAUCGCUGGGGGAGGCCGCCGCCGCGAAAUCCAGCAAGAAGAAGAAAGGUCAGACGCUUACUUUCGCGGAGUUCCAAUCAGGGAAGUAUGUUCCCGGUGUUAAGCAGCGGAGCUCGGCAUCGUCGGGGAUCUUCACCGACAGCGAUCGCCUCACGUCGGACGAGAUGAUGAUGCUGCCGACGGGGCCCAAGGAUCGAUCGGACGAGGAGCCCUAUGAGCAGGGCGGGCGAUUGGGUGGCGGCUUCCGGGACUAUGGCGGUUUCCGGGGCGACAGGGAUCGCGGGGACAGGGAUAGAGGCGAUAGAGGCGAUAGGGAGCGCGAUCAGCGUGGCUUUGGAUUCGAUAGAGAGCGCGAGGCCUCUCGCGCCGACGAUAGCAGCGACUGGAGCUCCAACAAGCCUUCCAGAGGAGCUGGAGGAGGAGGUGGUGGGCGAUUUGACGACGAGAAUCGGCGGUACAGUGGCGAUCGCUUUGGUGGCGAUAGAGAUCUUCCCUCCAAGGCGGAUGAGGUUGAUAAUUGGGCUUCUGGGAAGAAAUCGCUGCCUCCUCCCGAGAGGAGAUCCGAUGACAUUGGUAGGAGGUCCGAUGACUUUGGUAAAGGUGGUUUUGGGAAAGCUGACGCUGAUGACAACUGGGGAGCUAACAAGAAGCCCGUGGUCUCGGACAAGUGGUCGUUUCGGAGGUCUGAUGACUAUGGCGGCCCCGACUCUGGCGACAAAUGGAGCAGGAGGAGCAACGAUGACUCUCCCGGCGAUGAUAAGUGGGGCGCUAGGAAAGCUGGCGAUGAGGCCCCUCGCAGGCCACGGUUGAAUCUAAGGCCCCGGACCCUCCCGCUGGAGAACUCGCCGCCUCCAGUGUCUGCUGAUCAACAACAUGGCAGUCGGCCAUCCAGCAGUCACUCUAGUCGACCGGGGAGUCCUCCAGAAGUGGAAGCACCUCCAGUUGAGCCAAAGCCACGCCAGAAAGUGGACCCUUUUGGGAACGCAAAGCCGAGGGAGGUGUUGCUGGAGCAACGAGGACAGGACUGGCGGAAGAUGGAUAUGGAGCUCGAGAGCAAAAGGCCCGACACUGACGAGGAGAAGAAGCUCAAGGAAGAGAUCGUGUCCCUGAAAGAGCUAGCGGAUAGCACCGCCGACCCUGCCGUGAAGGAGCAACUAGCCGAGAAGGAACAGGAGCUCGAGCAGCUGGUCAAAGAGCUUCAUUCGAAGGCACGGGUAUCGUCGGAUCGUUGGAGGAAGGACGAGUCGAGAAUCACUAGCCCUCCCGCUACAAGGCGCGAUCCAUGGAAGCGGGAGAAUGGAAGGGAUCGGCCAAAGGUUGAUCGAUGGUGAUGAUUCCAACAGCUUUGCGAUUUUGUGUUACGACCGUCGCCCACCAUGAUCUCGUGCUCUACAAUAAUCCGGGGUGGCGACGGAGGUGAGAGAUCUACUCUAUUAAUUUUUAUUAAUAAUCCACAGUGUUCUUCGUUUCUUACA